AUGGAUAGUCAAAGGGUGUCUUCUUCUUCUAUUGGUCCAUCAGAAUAUGAAGUUUUCUUGAGCUUUUGGGAUGAAGAUGCCAGACACAAUUUCAUAGAUCAUCUCUAUGCAGCUUUGCAUCGAAAAGGGAUUCGUACCUUUAGAAUCGAUGAUCUAAGGGGAGGAGAUAUUGCAUUGGGUCUUUUGCACGCUAUUGAGAAGUCAAGGUUGGUUCUUGUAAUUCUCUCAGACAACUAUGUCUGUUAUAGCUGUUGUUUAGAUGAACUGGUCAAGAUUAUGAAGUGCAGGAAAGAAAUGGGAAAAAUUGUUUUCCCAGUUUUCUAUCAUGUCGAUCCUUCCCAUGUGCGAAAUCAGAGGGGUAGUUACGGAGAAUGA